GCGAAAGAACAUCUACAACAGCUGAUUUGAGAUUUUAAAUUUCUUGAUUCAUAAUUCUUAAGUUUAUAUUAGAAUUUUCAAUAAAGUUUACAUCGGUAAAUAAAUAUUAUUAGAAUUGUGCUAGAGCUAUCGCACAAAAUGUUAUUUGCGACUUUAAGAGAGGCAGGUAAAAGAAUCGGGAAACCACAGGGCUUAAGACUUGUUCGUCACAAAUCUUCAUAUGAGGGGGAAGGCAAAACCACUGUACGGAUACUCAAUCAAGAACCAGAUUUAGGCCUUAUUAUAGAUGGCUAUUCUAAUUUUGGCUUUCGUUUAAAUAAUGGAGUGACAGUUUUAGGACCAAUGGCUAUUUUUCCCAGAACAAUACUAUCAUGGCAAGUUCGUAAUUCAGAUGAUAUAACAGAGCCAUCGCUCAGACUGUUCAAACUCAUUGUGCCCAAGAUUGACCUCUUGAUUAUUGGUCUAGAAACAAGGGAUCGGAAAGCUGUUGACGCAGUUUUCAAAGCAUCACGACAAGCUAAACUGAAUGUAGAGAUUCUACCCACCGAGCAUGCUUGUUCUACCUUUAACUUCCUGAAUGCAGAGGGCAGAAGCAUAGCAGGGGCUUUAAUACCACCACUACACAUAGCAAAUAUCAACGAAGACGACAUGCGCCAUUCUGCGAUGAAUUAUAAUGACCCAUUCAAAAAGGAACUCUCCGUGUAGUAGGUAUCACCAAAACGGAUAAUAUUCUUAUUUAAAGACUUGAGCUCACUUUCCUGACAAUCUCAUUUAUGUAUAAUUUCGCAUGUGGCUCAAAAAUAAAACUAACGCUGGCGUCAUUUUCAUAACACCUCUGUGACCUCGUGAUCGACGCGACGAAAUAUCCAUGUAGGUCUUUACAAUGUUAAUUGAUUUCAUUAUUAAAUUAUAUUUUAUAAUAAAUAGGUUAUAGUGUAUGUGUUAGAAUAAAUGUUACUGUUAAUUUA